GUGUAAGCUCACUUUUUUAAUAUUUCUUGUUUGGUUUUUUUCUUUUUUUCUUAUAUACUCGGUGAAAAGACGAUUCUGUUUCAUGCUCCUCGUCACUUGGUCCUUUUAAACGUUACACUCUCUUCUUUUUGUUCGUUCUCAUUUCUCUGUUGCCUUUUCUCUCUCAGAUCAACAAUGAAAUUACUUAAUUUUUUGGGUCUGAUUUUUUGAUCAAAACUUGAUCUUUUCUUGGUUUGUAAGUGCAAGAAGAAAAAACUUUAAAAAAAAAAAAAUAUUACCCUUUUUUUUACUUUUCUAAAACUGAAAAAAAUCAUCUUGAAUCUUUAAUUUUGGCCUUGUUAAUUAACUUUUUCUUAGUAUAAAAAAGAGAGUGAUUCUGGUUCUUGUGGUGUUGAAGAAAUGAACUUUUUAGUCCCUUGUGUUGAAGAAAGUCCUUGGAGAUUUCAUCAAAUAGAAGAAGAUGAGAGGGGAAUAACAAAUUUAAAUAAGUUGAAGGAUGAAACAGAGGAAGUAGAUUUAUUGAGUAUGAGGAAGAAUAAUAAUAAUAAUGGUGGAACAAAGUCAUGUGCUAGAGGCCAUUGGAGACCUCAUGAAGAUUCAAAGCUUAAAGAACUUGUUGCUCAAUAUGGUCCACAGAACUGGAAUCUCAUUGCUGAAAAACUUGAAGGAAGAUCAGGAAAAAGCUGCAGAUUGAGGUGGUUUAAUCAACUAGAUCCAAGGAUAAACAGAAGAGCGUUCACAGAGGAAGAAGAGGAAAGACUAUUAACAGCACACAAAAUGUAUGGCAACAAAUGGUCAAUGAUUGCUAGGCUAUUUCCUGGUAGGACAGACAAUGCAGUCAAGAACCAUUGGCAUGUCAUAAUGGCAAGAAAACACAGAGAACAAAACAGUGUCUAUAGGAGAAGAAAAACUACUUCAAAGUUGGAACAAAUUAUUGCUCCUAGUAAUAAUGCUAUCAUCCAUAGGAGCAAUAAUUUGAAUAGUGAUUCAACAAUUUCUAGCACCAACAACAACAUUGAUGAUCAUCAAUCAGCUUCAACUUGCACUGAACUUUCACUCACUCCUUCUUCUAAAGUGCUUCCACCUUUUCUCAUGACAAGAUUUACUCAUUAUGUGGAGCAUCAACACCACCAAGGAAUCAUUGAGUCUAAUAAAGGCUUCUCAAGAGAAGAACAAGAGGUGAAAAUGGACCCAAAAUUCUUGUAUGGAAAGGAGCAACCAAUUGCAAAUACGGUAGAUGAAGGUCACCAUCAUCAAUGUUAUGGAUGUUGUGGCAAUGUGUCAGAUACAAAUUCAGAAAUUUCAGCAUCUGAGUCAGUAGCCAACAACAUGACCAAUGUCAAGAUUUAUGGUCAUCAAAAUGAAGAAGAUGUAAAACCUGCGCCCUUCAUUGAUUUUCUUGGAGUUGGAGCCACUUGAAAAAACAGUGGGUUUUGGGGUGGAAUUUUAUAAGUUUAUUACAUAUGGGGAAGUAACAAAAGAAGCUAAUUAAGAGUUUGUUUCCUGUUUUGUCAACUGAGUAGGAAUAGUUUGUAAGACUACUGAAGAAACUUGGUGACUGCUUAUAAUUGCCUCUUCGACUUAUUAAAUACUGCAAAAGGAAAAGUGGGUUCUCUUCUUGUUGCCGGGAGCAGCAUUUUUAGUUCUUGGCAGUUUGUACAGUCCUUUCUAUAUAUGAAUGGGAAAAAAAGACACAAAAAAGAAAAAAGAAGGAUAUGAAGAACAGGUGAUUAUUAAGUGUUAGUAGUAGAUAUAGUUACUUGAUUACAUG